CUACAGAUUUUGUCAUUAAUUGCUGCUGCCUACGCAAGACCGGAUGUGAGCUUGGGAUAUAGCUACAAUCAAGUGAGUGAUGGAUCUUCUGGAAACGAAGCUAUUCUUUCUGCACCACAGCACAAUUUUCAAUCUAGUGGAGGAGGUCUAAAUCAUGUUGCUCAGGCGCCAAUUCAACGAGGAUCAUUGCAAGAACCGCUGAUUAGCAAACAGUUUUUCUUACACUCUGCUCCUGAAGACAAUGAAAUUCAGCAAAAACAUUUUGUAUUGGGACGUCCUCAAAAGAAUUAUCGCGUUGUGUUUAUUAAAGCACCUUCAGCCUCGAAUGUUAAACUUUCAGCAGAGUAUGCGCCAAUUGAGGAGAAGACCCAAAUUUUCGUUCUCAGUCAAAAGGAAGCGGAAUUGGAUGUCAACAAUAUUGCUACACCAGCACCAACUCAACCAAGCAAACCAGAAGUCUUCUUUGUUAAAUACAGGACACCUGAAGAAGCUCAACAUGCUCAACAAAAGAUUCAAGAACAAUAUGAUGCCUUGGGAGGAUCAAGUCAAGUUUCUGAUGAAGGAACUGCUCCAGUGAGUUCAGUGAUCGGUGCUCUCGGAGGUGACAAUGGUGAAUUAUCACAAUCUUCAUCAAAUCAACAAAGUGUUGCAGCCGCUGGUUUAGCCUAUCUACCACCAGCAUCAAGCUAUCUUCCACCAGGAAGACGACACUAAUUAAUGUUUUGUACCUGAACCGAGACACCAAAGGACCAUUUAGCUGCAUAAUGAAGCUUUAAGCAUUUUUAACCAUUUUUAUUAACAUAUUUAAA